AAUAAUUUAUACAACACACAUAUUGCAAUUAGAACUUUUUAUCGUAGUGUAAGAAAAUAUGUAACAGUGAAUCACGGAAGAUAAAAAAAAUUGAAAAUUAAUAAAUAAUUAGUUUCCGUCAAUUAAUAUUGAUAUUGUGGUUAAAAAUAUAUAUCAUACAGAAUAAUUACAUAUAAGUUUAAGAUUUUUCAUCUUCGUAACGUCAUGACAGCCUCAUUUUGACCAAAAACAACAACAAAAAAGCACAAAAACGCUCCAGUUACAUUUUUAACGUAGAAUCCCAGUAUUAGAAACAACAAAAAACUAACUUUAAACAAUGUCGGAAUACAUUGAUUACGACAUGGCAACACGCCGAGCCUAUUGCUCAACGACCAUUUCGAAAACUUCCCUCCUCAAAGCGCCAUGUUACAACUUAAACGAGCCCCGCGAUCGCAGCAAAGCCCUCAUGGAUCUCAAAGAUCGCAUUGGCAGCAGUAUUGACUUCGUUUUCAAGGACAAAUCGUGCAUGCAAGACGACGAAUUCCUCUUCCGGUUCCUUUUUGCCAAAAAAUUGAAUGUUGACGAAGCGUUCAAAUUACUUCUUAACUAUUACAAAUAUCGCCAAUCGAAUCCCGAAGUCUUCAAUGAUUGCAGCAUUCAAACGGAAAGUGUUCAAGCGUGCUUGAAAGACGGAUUUCCCGGCGUGUUGGAUGAAAAAGAUCGUCGAGGACGUAAAGUUUUGGUGUAUUUUGCUGCCAAUUGGAAUCCCGCCAACUACUCGUUACUCUCGAUUUACAAGGCAACGUUGCUGACACUCGAUAAGCUGCUGAUGGACAAACAAACGCAGUGCAACGGUGUCGUCGUAAUUGUCGAUUGGACCGGAUUCACGUUCAAACAAUCGAUGCAACUGAAUCCCAAAGUCCUGAAAUUGAUGAUCGAAGGUUUGGAGGAAUGUUAUCCGGUGCGUUUCAAGGGCGUUCAUUUCGUCGGGCAAUCGUGGUAUGUCGAAGCGGCGCUAAUUUUGAUCAAAACAACGUUAAAGGAGAAAAGUCGCAAGAAAAUUCGCAUGCACGGAACCUCAAACUUGUCAACUUUGCACGAAAAUGUAACAAAAGACAUUUUACCGACGGAAUUAGGAGGCGAGCUACCCGCAUUGAAUAACGAAAAUUGGUACAAUACGUUGAUGGAAUCGUAUCGAAAUGAAGAAGGACUGAACUGAGGGGCAAAUUAUUGAAAAAAAAUCCAAAAAAACACGGAACACUAACGUACUUGAUAAAAUAAGUUAAGAUAAAAAAAACGCUUUUCUACGCAAAUUAUUUUUUUAUAAGAAUUUAGCACGACUUUUGUCAAAAACUAUUUUUUUAAAAAGUGUGAAGAAUUUUAUGUCUGUUGAAUCUCAACCUAUUUCUCUCUAUUUAUUUCUGUUUUCUCUAUUAGAAUUAAGAAACCGUCCAAUUUUUGAUUGAUUCGAGCUUAAAAAAAUUUAAAUUAAGAUAAAUAUUAAAAAUAUAUUUUUAUUGCAUUUAAAAAAAACAU